AUGAGCCCAGAAGCUACAUAUCAGCUCGCAAUCCAAGACCUCUGGGACGGUCUCUCGCAACAGGAGAAGCUAUUUGCCCACCAUCUCUCCCGGGCUGCCUGGCACGGAAGCCGGAUUAUUCUGCGUCAAACUUCCCCCGAGGGCCCUGGGAUCCUAGACUUCAUCCUUGAGCUACAUAAGGCCUGCCAGGGCCAAUGGUCUCGAUUUGUUGAGAGCUUCGGCAUCUCAGACCAGGAGCUAGUGGAUUUCCUAGACUACGCCGGCAUGUUCUUAUCGAAAUUGAACAACUUCUGGGGAGAGGGUGACCGCAAAGUCGUUCCUAAUUUGUCGGUUGAUUCCCUGCGCAGCAUGGCAAGCAUCUCGCAGGCCGCUACAAAUGCGCUGGACAAAGUGAUCGAGCCCAUGAUAUCUGCUACACCAUCAGUACUGGGGCUCUCGGACUCAGCGUACUACCUUGGUGAUGCUAAGUUCACAAGUGACGAGAUUGCUGACGUUUCUCGUGUGAUGGAGGAGCAUGCCGUUGAGCCUGAAAACACCCGGAUCCGAAAGAGUGUUAACGGUGACAAGACUGUUUAUGAUAUCCUCCAGGCGUCCGUGAAGACGAACGCGGAAAUGAAGGACCAUCUGAAGGGAUCAGACAUUCCGAUGGAGCAUCUCCAACUGAGUAGCGAGGACGGCGUUGAGAAAGGCAACGAUGUUAUCCGACUGGAGCGCGGUGACCACUCUGAGGAGAUGUCCCGGAUCUGUGACAGCGUCACAAAAGCAAUGCGCUUCUCCUCGAAUGACACCCAGGCUCGCUACAUUCAGGAUUAUAUAGAGAGUUUUACCACGGGAAGCUUGCAGGCAUACCGCAGUUGUAUGAAGCGAUGGGUGGAGGACUACAACCCCCGAGUCGAGAGUAUCUUUGGAUUUGUGGAGCCUUACAGGGACCCAUAUGGGGUCCGAUGCGAGUGGAGAGGUGUCGUCAGUAUUGCUGACCCUCAGGAAACUGCCAAAUUGACAGCCUUGGUCAAUAGCUCGACGAAGCUCAUUCGGACGCUUCCUUGGGCCGUCCCCGACGUCAACGACGGCAAAGGUCCGUUUGAGAAAUCCGAGUUCCAGGCUCCUCAUUUCUCUAUCGUCCACGCGCUUGCCUUUGGGUGCAGCAAUGUGUGGGAGGCGUCGAAAGUCCCUAAUUACAACGACAUCCGUGAGACCCAUGGCUUCAAGAACAUCGUGUACGCAAAUCGCAUGAGUGCCAACGCCGACCCGAAUCGUGAAUUUUACUGGGUGCACCCUUCUGAAGCCAAAGAGUUCAAAGCGGUCAAUCACAUCAUCCGCUUCAUUGCAACUUCGAUCCACGAGCUUCUCGGCCACGGAACAGGCAAACUUCUCGCAGAAACUUCGCCUGGCGUUUACAACUUUGACCGGGCAUCUCCGCCCACAAACUCACUGACAGGUAAGCCGACAAGCGUGUUCGAGAAGCUGGCAGGGACUGUCGAGGAGUGCAGAGUAAUGCUUGUUUCCUACUAUCUGUCAGAAGAUCGAGACGUACUGUCCAUGUACGGCUACGACGAACACAGUGACAUCAAGGCCGACGAUCUCAUCUACCAGACCUAUCUACAUAUCGGAGUCGAGGGUCUGCGUGCACUUCAGGCUUUUAACGUAGAGACGCAAUCCUGGGGCAGUGCCCAUGCCAACGCAAACUACGCUAUUUUUAAGCACUUGAUGCUCCACGCUAAUGGACUCCUCUCUGUCGACUGCAACCAGAUGGCCGGGACGGUUUUUGUCCGCGUUGACCGGUCCAAGAUCGCGUCUCAUGGAAAAGCUUGCAUUGGGAACAUGCUUCAUCGAAUCCACGUCUGGCGUUGCACCGCGAAUGUCACGCAGUGCAGGCAGUUCUACGAGCCUCUUAGUGCUGUUGAUGGCGAAUACGAGGUCUGGAGACAGAUCGUAGCGUCGAAGCCCGAGCCGCCCUGGAAAUUCGUCCAGGCCAAUACGAUCCUGCGGGAUGAUGGGAAAGUCGAGCUGAAGGUGUAUGAGGCGAGCAAUGAGGGAAUCAUCCAAUCCUUUGCGGAGAGAAAUUUGUAA